AUGUGGAAGGCAGCUCUAAUUUUCUACCAUCUCUCGGCUCUUGGGUGGCCGCUCCAGGCUCAGGAGGAUGUUACAGACGCUGUCAUCCGUCCUCAGGACUGCAGCCUGGACUGUAUACGACAGGGAGAACCUGGAUGUGAAUACUGCAGAAUAACCACAUCAGACGUCAAGACGGCUCUGGGCUUUAAGACGGUUGAUAUGUUUGGAGGUUGUAUUCCAAAGCCAUGUUUUGAUCUGCUUGGAAAAGAAGACCCUGAACUCUGCCAGCACUACGUCCGAGCACCCAAUGAUGUGAAGGUUGAGCUAGUGCAAGAGUCAAACCCCAAAUCUGACACCAUUGUUGUGUCCUGGAAGCCCAGUUACUAUGGGAUCGCCUUCCUGCGAGGCUUUCAGGUGUUAUUACAGACUUUGGGAGGGUCGAGUUUUGCCUGUCAGCUCUUUCUCUUCCAUCGUAACCUCUCCCUCCCGGCGUCACACGCUCAAAAGGUCUACAAGUCCGACCCCUUCUCCGGCCUCUCUCUGGGCUCUCAGUAUGCUAUCACCGUCAUGGCUCUGCCUGUGCCUGAGAAGUGGGAGAGGUUCUACCAGAGCAAGAUCUUCUCCACACGAUCAUGUGCAGAGAAGAAUGGCUUGGAGAAGUGCAAAAAAGACUGGUACCCUAAACACAUCAAGGUGGAGCAGGAAGGGACGGAAGUCAAUGUGACCUUUAACCUGGCUCCCCCAAACCUGGGCAUCAGGAGCUAUUUCUCACUGUGCUACGCUAACGGCAUGAAGAAAUACACCGACAUCACUCCUAGUUCAUCCAAAAACAAAACUCACCACAGCUACGAGCUGAAGGGCCUUCAAGAAGGAACCAAUUACACCUGUGAGAUUGCAGCCAACGAGGUGGACGCAGUGAGGACGAAAUUCAAUGUUCAGGUCCUGCAUAUUAAAAAAGGAGGAACCUCGCCACUCUCCAUCACUCCCUCCUUGGCUCUGAUGCUUCCAGUGUGUCUGGCUGUGGUGGCCAUACUUGUAGUCUGCCUGGCUGCUCUCACUCGAAGGAGGCCCCAACUGCACAUGAAGAGACUAAACAUAAAGCCAGAUGUUAUAACUCAGGAUCGAGAGAGCAGUACUCAGGAGGAAGUGGUGGCUUUGCCAAGUCAAAGGCUGAGCCCCCCUCGUCUUCUGAUGUGCUACAGCAGCAAUGACGGCCCUGCUCAUAUCAACGCUGUCAUGCAGCUAGGGGCAUUUAUACAGCAGCACAUGGCCACUCAGGUGAUUCUGGAUCUGUGGGACUCUAUGAGCGUUGCAGGGGAGGGCAGUAUGGCCUGGUACUGUCGACAGAUCCGGGAGAGCGACUUCAUCUUGGUCAUCUGUUCUCAGGGCCUCAGUAUCAAACCUAAGCUUCCAGAGCAAGAGGACGGCACUGAAGACGAAGAGGCAGAAAGAUGGUUAGACUUUGGGCCCAGCACCUUAAGCUCUGAUGUAGCCGUGCAGCUUGUCGGAGAGGAGGUGGGCCGAGCCAAAGCCAGGGGUCAGGACCUUUCCAAAUACAUGUCAGUCAUUUUUGAGCACUCUGAAGAGACAGACAUCCCCACAGAGCUGAGGCUGGUGUCUCACUACAGGCUCGCAAGAGACCUACCGCUGCUCUUUUCUCACCUUCACAAAGUGGCUCUGCACAGACCGGGGGGUUUCCUGAAGAUAAGCAGCAUCUCAGAGGAAGGCUUUAACAAGUUGCCGGCUGGAGCAGCUCUUCAGAAGGCGAUCCACGAGGCCGGGGUGGAAAGGAGGUCAAAUAGGCGUCACCCUGUGGAGGCAGGGAAGUAAACACAUCAUAUUCAUAUUGUCUGUGUUCUUGGUGGUCCUCUGCCGUGUAAAAGAACAAAGACAUUUAUGAUGUGCCACAGACUUUAUGGCCACACAUAUCAGCAAACAGAAGAAGUCAUAAGCUCACACCCACACAGGGUGGCUAGUGCAAUGACUGUCGCUGCUAAUAUUUCCUAAAGCAAACCUCCUAAUCGCCUCCGCCUCUGAUGGCUCUAGAAGCAGCACCCAUGCACUCUGACCUCUGAAAUGUGUUAACAUGCUUCAUUUGUGUGUGCGUGCAUGAAGGAUUUUCACCAGUAAUGUGAGUAAUGCUCAUGAAAGCUAUUUUAGUCUUUUGAAAGGUUUAUUUUUUCAAAGUCAUUAAAAGCUAUUAGGACGUAAAUAUGUUUAUUUUCAGUAUUGUACAUUAUUGAAGUUAUCCUUUGAGAAUGUUUGCAUUGAAGUACAUUACAAACCCUUAUGCAUGCAUGUUUACAAUCAUGUCUAUAGUUUAUUCAUACAUGUGUGCUUCUCAUAAAUAAUGGUGGACUCAGAGGUCCUGGCUGUUUCACGCUGAUGUCAAUAAAUGUUUCUUUUAUUAUUAUAUUUUCAUAAAAUGUAUAUUUUCUUUAUCUUGUCAUUUAAUAAAAUUUGAUU